AUGAAGAUCAUAAACAAAAUCAACCAAAAGCUGAAGGAUGGUCAAACGUUCUUCUCGUUUGAGUUCUUUCCGCCGCGCACGGAGGAGGGUGUUGAGAACCUAUUCGAGCGGCUGGAUCGCAUGGUCGCAUAUGGGCCAAUCUUCUGUGACAUUACAUGGGGCGCUGGCGGUUCGACAGCCGACGUAACCCUUGACAUCGCAACCCGCAUGCAGAACCAGGUGUGCGUGGAAACCAUGAUGCACCUGACCUGCACCAACAUGCCGGUGGAGAAGCUGGAGAGCGCCCUCCUGGAGGUCAAGAAGGCUGGCGUCCACAACAUCCUGGCGCUCCGAGGCGACCCGCCCAAGGGCCAGGACAAGUUCGAGGCGGUGGAGGGCGGUUUCAGCUGCGCCCUCGACCUCGUCAAAUACAUCAGGAAGGAGUUCGGCGACUUGUUCGGCAUCUGCGUGGCGGGCUACCCGGAGGCCCACCCUGACGGCAUCGUGGACGACCCGGAGCUGAUGGAGCAGAACUACUGGGCCGACAUCGCCUACCUGAAGCAGAAGGUUGAGGCGGGUGGUGAGCUGAUCAUCACGCAGCUCUUUUAUAACACGGACAUCUUCCUCAAGUUUGUGGAGGACUGCAGGUCGGUCGGUAUCACGGUGCCCAUCCUGCCUGGCAUCAUGCCCAUCAUGACCUACGGAGGCUUCAAGCGCAUGACGGGAUUCUGCAAGACCAAGGUCCCGGCUGACAUUCUGGAGGCGGUUGAGGCGAUCAAAGACAACGAUGAGGCCGUCAAGAACUUUGGUGUCGACCUGGGUGUGAGGAUGUGUCGGCGGCUGCUGGAUGCGGGGGUCCCCGGUGUGCACAUGUACACACUCAACCUGGAGCGGUCCGCGGUGGGCAUCCUGGAGCGACUGGGACUCAUAGACACGGCCAGGGUGCCCAAGCCCCUGCCCUGGCGGCACGUACCUACAGGCACCGCCCGCGCGGCGGAGUCCGUACGGCCCGUGUUCUGGUCCAACCGGACCAAGGCCUACUUGAAGCGCACGCAGGGCUGGCCGUCGUACCCCACCGGUCGCUGGGCGGACCGCGGCGCCCUUCAGUACGGCAGUCUCGCUGACGUGCCGCAAUACAUGCGCCGUCACACCAGCACCGACGCUCGCAAGGAGAGGGCUCGGGCGGCGUGGGGCUCCUCCCUGGAGAGCGAGGACGACGUGAAGGCGGUGUUCGCAAAGUACUUUAAGGGCGAGGUGAAGUUGUUCCCGUGGAGUGAGGUGGAGGGGUCGCCGGAGGCUGCUGCAGGGGAGGAGGCCCUCAUUGCGUCUGGCUACCUGGUCAUCAACAGUCAGCCCAAGCUCAACGGGGUCCCCAGCACCGACUCGGCACACGGCUGGGGAGCACCCGGCGGUACACUGUACGGCAGGGCCUAUCUGGAGUUCUUCUGCUCACCGGCGGCAUGGGAGUCCUUGCGCGCACGGCUCGACGCGGCGCCUUCGGUGUCGUACCUGGCCGCGACGGCGGCGGGCAGCCCCCAGGGCAACCUCAAGCCUGACGACGUGGUGGCGCUCAGCUGGGGCGCCUUCCCGGGCAAGGAGAUUGUUCAGCCCACGGUUCUGUGCGCCUCCAGCUUUGGCGUGUGGAAGGACGAGGCGUUUGAGCUGUGGCUGUCCGAGUGGGCCGGGCUGUACGAGGAGGGCAGCCCCUCUCGCCAAUUGCUGACCGGAAUCCACGACAACUGGGUGCUGGUGUGCGCGGUGGAUAACGAUUACGUGGCUGGGGACCUGGCCAAGGUGCUGCUGGGCUGA